AUGAACCCAUUCCCUCACUCCCACGAGCACUCACCAGACUGGCCCUUCCCCGUCACAGCCGCAGGCAGACGAACAAGCACCGCAACAACAAUCUCCUCCACACCCUCAACCUCAACAUCAACCCGCUCCUCCGUCUCCGCAUCGCUGAGCUUCGCCUCCGAACCACCGUUCUCGCCCUCCCUUACACCCUCAACCUAUCCGUCCCCCUCAGCUUCAAUCGCGCCUCCAGCAGGCGUCUCUCCCGCCUCCCGACCGCGCGACCGCGAGGGGUCACUUAAUGAUGAGGUCGCGAGGUUACCUCUUAACCCGGCGGUUACAGUCUCCUUCGUCCGCAGCGCCCGCCUCUUCAAACUCCGCUACACAACCAUCACCAUCCGCAAGGACUUCACGGGCGCCCUGAAGUGCCUGGAGCUGGGCGGCGCCGUCGGGCAGCAGACGGCGUUCUUGCAUAGUUUCAACACAACCCGCCUUCCCGUCCCACACCUCGAGCACCCGAAGACGUCUUCGGAGCCUUUAUCCCCCGCUUCCCUACGCGUCUCCUUCCUCGACGAGCAGACCGUCCAAACCGGCGCGACGGUCUUCGCGACGCAGCUCUCCUACACAUUCGAAGACUGGACAGACUGCGUGCACUUCCAGGAGCUGAUACUGGCGUCAAGAAUCGUUUUCAUAGCGGGGAUCGCGGAGGCGAAGAGCAAGGGGCGCGGGGAGGAGUGUAUCUCGCAGAAUCUGAGGAUCCUGAGGCAGGAUGCCACGGGGAAGCUGGUGAUCCUGUUCUUUGCGAAUUCGCUAAGGAGGGGCGGGAAGAGAUAUGUUUCUAUUCCGGUGAACUGCAUCGACAGCGUCACGCCGGGCAAGAACUCGAGGCGGCCGGUGGUGCUACAAUUACAGCCGAACUUCGAUCAUUUGGCGCAGAUGAAAACGUUGAGUAUUUUGUUUUUGGAUGCGGAUGACCAAAAAGCAUUCUGCGAGUUCCUGGCAGCAAAUAACCGGUGA